CCGCUGCUACUGCCUCGGUUGAGCACGAGGAGAGGACGGGAUCGGACCCUCCCGCCACUAACGGUGGUGCUCACCGUUGUGUCCCCGCAGAGCCCCGCCGCAGACCGUGCACCGCCAGGACCCGCUGCCGCCGGACCAGAGCCCUGAGAUGGAUUUCCCACCGGAGAAGAGGAUGUGCAUGAGGGCAUCCACACAGUCCAGCACAAGAUCCUGCUGUGACAUGCCAGACUGGAAAGGAAGGGAGCAGGAGGUGCUGCGACCAAGGACCUGCACGCCCGGAACGGCGGACAAGGCUGUGCAGACGGAGGAAGCUGUCGAGAGGCCUGAGGAGAAGCGGCGGCAGUCCCCGAGCCCAUCACCGUCGCCGGGGAACAGAAGGCUGCGCAGGAGGAGCAUCUGCCUGCUGGUGCCUUGCGAGACCCACCCACUGGUGCAGUUCCCUGAGCUCAUCCCGGGCUACCCCUCCACCGAGGCGAUCCUAGAGAAGGAGAGGGAGGCAGCGUGGCAGCGCUUUCACCAGCUGUUGAGGCCCAAGUCUGAUGCGGUCCCCAGCACCAGUGGGGAAGGUAUGUCCCUGGGCACAGUCAUCGCCCGGGGCUCCUCACGCACCAACUGCACACAGGCAGCGUUUGCAGCCACAACAUCGGUCAUUUCUGGGCUGGCCGCUUUUACCACCACCGGCCUUACUCACACCAGCCAGCCCAGAAGCAGGAGCGUGCCCGUGCUGGGAGGAACUCCUGCGCCCUUCUGUGGCCAGCGCCCCUCAGGCCUUGGAGGAGACGGCGCUUCCUCUGGUUCGUCCACCCCUGCCUCUUCGACCCGAGCAAGAUCCAGGAUUGAGGGAACUCGUAAGCGGAUAAAGGAGGAGGACCGCUCCGAUGCCAAGUGGCCUUUUGGGCCACCAGCAGGAAAACGUCGGCGGCUGUGAUAUUUUUUGAAGAUUUUUAUUAUUCUACGUUUGUUCUACGUUUGUUCUAAUAUAGUUGUUAUACUGUUGUUCUUUUGUUGUUACGCUGUAGUUUUUUUGUUGUUAUACUGUAGUUGUUUUGUGGUUUUAUUGUUUAACUGUUACUAUGCAAUUUCCUCCCUCCCCCCCCAACCCCCGAUGCUCCCCAUCCCCUGUUUUUUUUGUUACUUAAAAUAAACAGACUGUGUUCA